GACGUCAAAUUGUAGUCUGGAGGAAGAAGCGAUCGAGAAGAUCUGUUUCCACAGGUCUCUGCUGCUAGAAGUCGAAAAAAGCUUACCUGUUUUGAAUUACUUUUAAAUUUGUCUCCAAAGCUUCCCGCCUGGACAAAGAACAAUGGAUUCGGGUGGAAAGCAACUGACACUUCCGCUGAUGGUAGCAGUAGGAGCAGCUGUGAUUGGAUCAUUACAGUUUGGAUACAACGCAGGUGUGAUCAACGCUCCUCAAAAGAUAAUUGAAAAGUUCUAUAAUGACACAUGGUUUCAACGCAACAGUGAAGACAUCAGUACUAGUACUCUCACGGCGCUCUGGUCACUGUCUGUUGCUAUCUUUCCUAUUGGAGGUAUCAUUGGCUCCUUCUCAGUGGGACUCUUCGUGAACCGAUUUGGAAGGCGGAACUCGAUGCUAAUGGUGAACAUUCUCGCUUUCAUUUCUGCUGCUCUCAUGGGCUUUUCAAAGAUGGCACAAUCCUAUGAGAUGCUGAUGAUUGGCCGUUUCCUAGUAGGGAUAUACUCGGGCUUAUCCACUGGAUUUGUGCCCAUGUAUGUUGGCGAGAUUUCACCUACAUCACUCAGAGGUGCGCUGGGCACACUCCAUCAGCUGGGAAUUGUUAUUGGGAUCCUGCUAGCUCAGAUCUUUGGAAUUGAAUCCAUCAUGGGAAAUUCUACUUGGUGGCCCUUCCUCUUGAGUUUCACUUUCAUCCCAGCUCUUCUACAAUGUAUUAUACUCCCUCUCUGUCCAGAGAGUCCUCGCUUCCUGCUUAUCAACCGAAAUGAAGAAAACAAGGCCAAGAGUGUCCUUAAAAAGUUGCGUGGCACAACAGAUGUAAGCAGUGACAUGCAAGAGAUGAAGGAAGAGAGCCGGCAGAUGAUGAGAGAAAAGAAAGUGACCAUCAUCGAGCUGUUCCGAUCACCUUUGUACAGGCAGCCUAUAGUGGUCUCCAUCAUUCUACAGCUCUCCCAGCAGCUUUCCGGCAUCAAUGCAGUCUUCUACUACUCUACCAGCAUCUUUGAAAAGGCUGGUGUGGCCCAGCCAGUCUAUGCCACCAUUGGUACGGGAGUAGUCAACACCGCCUUCACGGUGGUCUCGCUCUUUGUCGUGGAGCGGGCUGGCCGGAGAACACUGCACCUUAUUGGCCUCAUGGGCAUGGCCGUGUCUGCUGUUCUUAUGACGAUUGCUUUGGCAUUGCUGGAGAAGCUCACCUGGAUGUCUUAUGUAAGCAUAGUGUCCAUCUUUGGAUUUGUGGCAUUCUUUGAAAUUGGACCAGGACCGAUUCCAUGGUUUAUCGUAGCAGAGUUAUUCAGUCAGGGGCCUCGUCCUGCUGCUAUUGCUGUGUCAGGCUUCUGUAACUGGACAGCCAACUUCAUUGUGGCCAUGUGCUUUCAGUAUGUUGAGCAAGCAUUAGGCCCCUACGUGUUCAUCAUCUUCACUGUCCUCUUGAUAUUGUUCUUUGUCUUCACCUACUUCAAAGUCCCAGAGACCAAGGGUCGGACAUUUGACGAGAUCUCUGCCGGGUUCCGUCAAGGCGCCGGUUCCAACCCCGCUGAAAAGCACUCACCGGAAGAGCUCAACAGCCUGGGGGCCGACUCCCAGCUGUAAUCGGCUGCCACCUACUGUAGACUGCAAAACAGACACAGAAGAGCAAAACGAAAAAGUGAGCAGAUGUUUCACGUCUGUUUUGGAAGUACUGACUGACUGGCAGCAUCAAUUUUGCGACAUUUCUCCGUUUGUCCUGGAUGCCCUCUGAAGUAUGACGGAAUGGGCAAUCUUUUCCUGCGUUUUACUUUCCACGUUCCGCCCCUCCCCUCCUCUUCUUUUUAGGAACUCCUGUUGUCACAAGUCUUUUUUUGUUUGUUUUUUUUCCCUCCCAUGUACUCUUAUGGCAGACUGGGUGGGACCAAGUUUGUGGCAGACUUUAUACGGAGAUGUGACCAUCAGAGGAUGUCUGGGGGGCACUGCUGAGUGUAGUGUGUAUUUGGUAAGUUUGUAUGUGUGUAUGCCUUUUUACAUUUGACUUGUUUUGAGUGUUUCUGCAUCCGGAGCGGAAGACUACUCUUCACUUUCACAGCUAGACUGACAGUUUUUAUGUGUUUUAAUUUUUUUUUUUUGUUAAAGAAAGCAAGUGACAUUUUUAAUGCUGUAGUUCUUAUUCAGGGUGGCGGUGGUAGAGGGUGGUUAAAAGUCUAGCUUUUGAUUUGUCAUCACCCUCUGUUCCUUCCAUUGCAGUUUUAUUACUGAUAAUUUAGGGGCUGCCUUCUUAAAUAAGUGGUGGGCAUUUUAGCCAACUUAUUGCAUGCCCCUCCACCCCUGAUUCCCUCUACCCCGCCUAAAUUACCAAUGUACAAUACUGUACUGUAAAUACUAUGCAGGGGAGCCUUCCCACUAAAGUCUAGAAGAGGUUCUUUUAAAACAGAGGGUAAGAAUAAAGAAAAUAUUAAGCCACGUAAAUGAUGAGUUCUGGCAGUCAUCCGCAAUGUCCGAAUGGACUGUUUGGUGGUUAGAAGAAAAACCUAAAGGCACCGUUUAACACCCCUCACUUGACCUACAAAUCAGACCUCCCACAAUUUCUAGCCUGGCUUUCCAUUUCUAAACCUCGGACACUUGGUAAUACAGCUGCUAAUCUGUGCUUAGUACAAAGGAAUAUACGUAGGCCCGUUUCACCGGGCAGCAUCACCGAAGUGACAGGAGCGAGAGGUGAGCAUUAACUUUAAACUCUGUGCCCCAAUGUUGUCAUUCCUGACAUAGACAGGCAGGCCUGUGUAAUGGUCAAUGGGCAGAACGGUUCGUCCCAGUUGUGUACUGUCAUAUUUGUUCCUUUCUUGAUUAGAUUUGGAGGGUCAUUUGUAAAAUGCAGGCAUUGCUUCUCAUAAUGCCGCUUGGUGCCCCUACACAGCCCUGAACAGAAUUAAACAUCGCGGCCCACUGAGAUUUUUUUUCUUUGGGGUGACUCUAAAAUUCAGAAGAUCUGUGUCCAUCACUCUGGUUCUUCCCUAAGUUGUGACUUCGUUUAAAUCGUCUUGCAACACUUUCAGUGGCCAUCCACAAACUUGUUUUGAGAGCACUGAAUUCUGAGCAUUUGCUAGGACAGUAAACAUGGAGGAUUACCCUGAAUACUCACACCACUUAGACAGCACAAGGGAUAUUCCAGGGUUGUGGGGAUGGAAAGCCAACUGUCACAGCUUGUACCCUUGGAGUGGCUGUCCUCAUCAUGUCUACCUGGUGGUAGACUAAAAGAAAAGUGGUGUUCCUAGAAGGGUAUGGGAAUAGGAAGCUGGCACUUUUUACCUUCUAAUUUCCCCUCUGUUAUUUUCCUGAGUGAUGUGGGACCAAAUAAAAACUCAAUCUGAUCUCGGCUGAUUAGACUCUUCCUGCAGGGGGCUCCCUUAUUUGCCUUGUAGCCAAUAUGCAAUACCGAAGUAUUUCUCUGCACUUUGCUGGCUUUUUUUUUUUUUUUUUUUUUUAUCAAGUAUUUUAUUUUUUUAUAAAAACAAAGAUCUACUGCCACGUUGGCACCUCGACAGGCCGUGGAGGACAGCAUUUGGCUGUAUCUGGUGUCCGCCCCAACACAUGAGACCUUGAAUUUGAUUUGGUGGAGUCUGUCGAGUGCCCCUCCACUAGACCCACCUAGUCACUGCCUGCUGAGGGUCAGUGUGUCCUGUUACUCUUAUGUAUCGAUUGCAAUAUUUAUCUGUGUUUUUCAAGUGACUCUUGUGUGAUGGAUCCUGAGUGAAUACAAAGAAAUACUGUAAAUGUUAGGAGACUCGCGUCUACGAGUAGCACAAGUGUCUGGUCUCAAAGCCCUGGAGUGUGUGUGCGUGUGUCGGUACAGACAGACACCCACCGGGCCUGCAGAUCUCAGCACAGCUGCUUCCAUCUCUGCCAAGAUUGGCCUUAUCGUAGCGCAUGCGUCCCCGUGCACUGCAGCUUGAACAAGGCAGGCACCAGCACAAUAGAGAGCUAUUUAUUAGACGUUUUAAAUUAUUAGUGUCUUUAUAAAUUUAGAAUCUUUAUAAAUUAUACAUUUGAAAAGACCACAAAAAACAGCUUCUGUGUGUUUGUUUGUUUGUUGGUAGGGGGGGUGGUGGCGUGGGUAGGUCUGUGCCAUGAUACACUGCUGUUUUCAAGAAAUGUAUUUUUGUAACAUUUGACUCUCUGCUGUAUAAAACAAUAAAUCACAAACACACAGGA